AUUGGACCAUCACCUAAUUUUCUCAUAGAGAAGCACCUCAAACUGCAAAGCUCUCUCUUGGGAAGCCCUCCCUUGCAAAAACAGAACAAGAGAAACGCGAACCCCAGAGAGGGAGCUAUAAGAUUCCAAUUUUUGUUCACCGAUCUGCCCGAUGAGAGCGGUCUUGGCUUUUCUUUUAGCACAACACGCUUAGCUCACUCUCACAUAAACUUAUUUCUCUCCCUCCUUUUCUUCUUCAUACUCCUCUAUCCCAUAACUAAUUAACCUUUCCUUCUCUCAAUUUCCAUAUCAUUUACUGCAAAUUAAUAAUUGUAAUGCAAUGGCAAUAGACUGCAUCAAAGCCAUGCCAUCAAUACCUCAACACCAUCCUAAAGAAGAAUGCAAAGAUGAUCAGAAACCUAUAGUUUUUGAUGCCAGAGUGCUUAGUUACCAAUCCAGCAUACCCCAACAGUUCAUUUGGCCAGACCAUGAAAAGCCUAACGUUAAUGCACCAGAACUCCCUGUUCCUCUUAUUGACAUGGGUGGGUUCCUCUCUGGUGACCCUGUUGCCGCAAUGGAGGCUUCAAAGCUAGUAGGCGAGGCAUGCCAGAAGCACGGUUUCUUUCUCGUUGUUAAUCACGGAGUCGAUCGACAGCUCAUAGCCGAUGCCCAUCGCUACAUGGACAACUUCUUUGAAUUGCCACUCUCAGAGAAGCAAAGAGCUCAGAGGAAAAUUGGAGAGCACUGUGGAUAUGCUAGUAGCUUCACUGGCAGGUUUUGCUCUAAGCUUCCUUGGAAAGAAACGCUUUCUUUUAGCUAUUCUGCCGAGGAAAACUCAGCAAAACUCGUCCAAGACUAUUUCCAUAAGACAAUGGGUGAAAGUUUCGCAGAAUUGGGGAAGGUGUACCAAGACUAUUGCGAGUCUAUGAGUACUCUGUCACUGGGAAUCAUGGAACUCCUUGGAAUGAGCCUAGGAGUGAGCAAAGCCCAUUUCAGGGAAUUUUUCGAAGAUAAUGAUUCCAUAAUGAGGCUUAACUACUAUCCUCCAUGCCAAAAACCUGACCUGACAUUAGGAACUGGGCCUCAUUGCGAUCCAACAUCAUUAACAAUCCUUCAUCAAGACCGAGUGGGCGGUCUUCAAGUUUUCGUAGACAAUGAAUGGCGUUCAAUUAGCCCAAAUUUCGAAGCCUUUGUCGUUAACAUUGGCGACACCUUCAUGGCUCUUUGUAAUGGGAGAUACAAGAGUUGCCUGCAUAGAGCCGUGGUGAACAGUGAGACACAAAGGAAAUCUCUGGCUUUUUUUCUGAGUCCAAAGAGUGAUAAGAUGGUAACUCCUCCAACCGAACUGGUGGACAGUUGCAACCCAAGAAUAUAUCCUGAUUUUAAAUGGGCCACGCUUCUUGAAUUUACACAGAAGCAUUACAGAGCCGACAUGAAAACCCUUGAAAUGUUCACAAAUUGGCUUCAACAGAGAAAGUAGCUAAAGAAAGUGGGGUAGCUAGUAAUGCGUCGCAAUUAAUCAGACCUCUGCAUGCUAUUGGUCUUUUUCGCCCGGGAAAGUGACAUUGGUGGGAGAGGAAAGAGAAGCGUAAGGUAGAGAUGGGAAUUUUGGUCAGAUUUGGAGGAAGACAAAUAGCAGCAAUAACAUAGAGAAGGAAAUGCUAGUUUUUAUUUUCAUAAGUCUGUAACUAUUCGCUCAUGAACAAAAGCCACGUAAGGAACCAAUUAAUCGAAACUUGGAUGUGCUAAAUUUUUGUAUUUUUCUUUGAUAAUAUAGAAAGAAUAUUCCUCUAAAACAAAAAACUAUUACUAGCA